AAAAUAUUGAAUCAAUGUAUUUCUUGUUUCGCAUUAUUUACUUAGUUUCCUAAAUGGACUAAUUUCAGUGUAGUUUCGAUAAUAACUACAAUUAUUAUGACUCAACAGGAAUAACAGUGAGGAAACAUGUAUUCACCGCGUCAGAAACUUCUAUGGUUUGCGUUCAGCUCAAGAGUAGUAUUGUUAAUACUACAAGCAGUAUCUAACUUUAUUAUCCCGGACCACAAAGCCAAUGUGUUCGUCAGUCCGGAGGACGCAGGUUUACGGCGCACGGCGGUUGACGCGGCUGUGGACGUGCUGCUCGGCGGCUUCAAGAGAUGGGAUGCUCAGUAUUUUAUACAUAUUUCUCAAUACGGAUACACGUACGAAAAUUGUCUAGCAUUCUUUCCGUUCUUCCCCCUCAUAGUAAGAUAUGUAGCAUAUGGUCUGAACAGCAUUGUAGGUUCGUUCUUGAACAUACACAGCUCGCUAUUGAUUUCAGCAACUGUUUUAAAUCUUAUCAUGUUUAUUAAAUCAGCUGAUAUUUUACAUAGAUUGAGCCUAAGAAUCCUACGAAGUGAGAGCAAGGCAUACAAAGCUGUGAUACUGUAUUGUGUCAACCCAGCUAGCAUUUUUUUUUCUGCGCCAUAUUCAGAAACUCUAUUUGCUCUAAUGUCAUUUUAUACAAUGUUGAAGUGCACAGAAAAUGAAACCCUUAGAUUUGCAAAUAUUGAUAUAACAAGUGGCUUACCUGCUGGGUUUUCUAUGAUAACCAGGUCAAAUGGGACUGUAAACAUGGGAUUCAUCCUCUACACUAGUUUCAAGAAUGUGAUUGAGAGAACUUUACCUGAGAUAGUGUACAAGUAUAGAACUCUGAAGCGUAAGAUUAUAAUGCCUUUCCUGUUACUGCCACUGUUAACAUCUUGUGUAGCUCUCUUUUUGACUGUUAUUGUAGCUCUGAUACCAUUUGUUUUAGUUCAAGCUUAUAAUUACUUGAAAUUCUGUGUUCCUGGAGAACACAAUCUGCCAGAGUUCUUGUCUAACUCGGAGUAUGUUCUGCCCGGCAGAGGAGACAGUCCCUGGUGCAACAGCUCCUUCCCAUUAUCAUAUAGUUACAUACAGAGUCAUUACUGGGAUGUUGGACUAUUCAAGUAUUAUAAAUUAAAACAGAUCCCUAAUUUCUUACUGGCAUCUCCUAUUCUGUUCCUCAUAGUAUAUCAUUGCAUGUCUUACAUGAAAAAUAAUCCUAAGCUGUUUCUAAGAUUAGGUCUAAGGAGCAAUAUAUUUAAUUUUGGGUACAUUAACAAAGUGCCUUAUAGGCCGAGACAAAAUUCAAAAAGUUUUGGUGCCAAUGACCCUGCAAUCUUUGUAUACAUUGUUCAUGUGUUAAGCUUGGCUACAAUCUGCAUCCUGUUUGUUCAUAUCCAGGUCUCCACAAGAUUAUUAGCUUCUGCUAGCCCUGUUCUGUAUUGGAUCGGUUCUUAUAAGAUGAAUGUGGGACCCACACCAACAUCUGAUCAGAAUACUAUCAAUGAACAUUUCCGACGCAUAGGUAUUGGAAAGCGGAUACCACCACAUCAUUUGUCGAUAGCUAAUUUAGAAGGUGUAGACAACAUGUACAGUAAAUGGAAGACAUUUAUUAUAACCAGAUGGAUGCCAGAUUUCCAGUCUCGUUUAAUACAGUAUUACUUCCUGGGCUAUUUUGUCAUAGGAACAAUAUUAUUUUCUAACUUUUACCCAUGGACAUAAAUUUAUUUUUAAUUUUACUACACAUAUCAGUUAAACAUAUCGCCCUGACAGUACAAGAACAGUUAGUAGAACCAUGAAUUUAUUGCAUCCAGGGCAUAUCUGAGGACUUAAUACUACAACUUAUUCUGAUUUAUUAAAUUAAAUACAUACCAAACAUUUUAUAUGCACUAUUGAAUAAAUCACAUAUCAUUAUAUCACUUAACAUUCCUCUUAAUGCUAUCAGUAUUUAAUUAUCAUAAUAAUCAUAACUCCAAUUCGCGUCACAGUAUUAGAUAUCGUUAUUUAGUAAGUACUUCUAACCAUGAUCACUAAAGGGUGUUUUACAGCUUUGUAUUUGUAGACAUAAUUGAUUAGUUCACCAAAUCCUUUUAAGAGAUAAUGCUACAAGUAGGGUAAAUUGCCAGAAACUGGCCAGCAUCGAAUAAAAAUGAGUUCUCUUUACAUAUCGUCACUACUUUUAAAAAAUUUCGUAUCUCACGCUGUUCCUCAAAGUUAAAACGCAGUAAGUCUAUAUGCAUUCCAUACAUACUUACUACAAUUUUCUUUUC